ACAAACCUUGGUUUUAAACAAAACACACAGUUUCCGAUUCCUUCCCUCUGUUCUGAGCUCAGACCAACGUGACUCAUGUGACUCGCAUUCACUCCUUUCCCAUUCUCUCUCUUCUUUCUCUCUCUACACUUCGGAUUCUCAAAUUACGUCACGCAACCAUGACGUCACUUUUCCGGCGCUCCCCCGCCGCCGGCUCCGCCUUGUCUUGCGGGCAAAUUCGCCUCCUCUGUCCGCCGAGCACCGCCGCGGUCCGCUACGGCUACUCACCUAGGAGGCCGAGAAUCGAGCUCCGCCUGGCGAAGCCGCCAUGCGCCGCGAAGUACGGCGGCGCAUGGGCGAGAUCGGGAUUAGAAGAGGAGGGAGAGAAGGCGGGACCGCGCUUGUGCGCGGUUGAGGAGUUCGCGCCGGAGAGUGGGAGGAAGAGCGUGAAUCGUUCGGCGGAGGUGAUUAUCGCCGCCGCGGUGACGGUGGUUAUGGGGGUCGGAAACAGAGUACUGUACAAGCUCGCGUUGGUUCCUCUGAAGAACUAUCCGUUCUUCCUUGCUCAGCUUGCGACCGUCGGAUAUGUAAUUGUAUACUUCUCUAUUUUGUCUAUCCGGUAUCGUAUGGGCAUUGUCACUGACGAGAUGUUAUCAAUGCCUAAAACUCCAUUUAUAGUUGUUGGUCUCUUGGAAGCUCUGGGUGCUGCCACAGGAAUGGCAGCAGGAGCAAUGCUAUCUGGAGCAUCAAUUCCAAUUUUGUCUCAGGCUUUUCUUGUGUGGCAAAUUCUCCUCUCAUUUAUUUUUCUUGGUAGGCGAUAUAAACUCAACCAACUACUUGGAUGCUUUCUUGUGGCAAUUGGUGUAAUUCUCACUGUAGCAAGUGGAUCUGGUGCUGGACACUCAUUGAAAGAGGCUGGUAUAUUUUGGAGUCUUCUAAUGAUAGUUUCAUUUUUAUUCCAAGCAGCUGAUACUGUUCUGAAGGAAAUAAUUUUUUUGAACGCAACUCGAAAACUGAAGGGGGAUUCUCUAGAUAUGUUUGUUGUUAAUUCAUUCGGAUCUGCAUUCCAGGCACUGUUCAUAUGCCUUCUCCUCCCCUUCUUAUCAAAAUUAUGGGGCAUCCCCUUUAGUCAACUAUCAAACUAUCUUAAAGAUGGCGCUGCCUGCUUUCUGAAUGUUGGGACACUGUCAAGAGGAUGUGACGGUGCGCCCCUGCUGCCCUUGUUGUUUAUUGUUGUUAACAUGGGCUUCAAUAUCUCAUUGCUUCAUCUCAUCAAGAUCUCUUCAGCUGUUGUCUCUUGUCUAGCCUCCACAUUUUCAGUUCCAAUAGCGAUCUAUGUGUUCACGCUGCCAUUGCCAUACCUCGGUGUUGGGCCUUCUCUUCCAGCAGGCUUUGUUGCAGGGGCCGCCAUUCUUAUCAUGGGGUUACUCAUUUAUGCAUGGACCCCUUCAAGUGCUUCUUCCAGUACAUCCAUCACAGCAUCCACCUAGAGAAGCUUGGAGUUGCCCCAAGUCCAAAAGGAUAUAUAGGUAUAGCUUGCACCAACCCUCAUUACAAGCAAUGAAUGAUUCAGCUCCACACUUUUUGUGAUUGAUGAUGAUCACAAGAGAUACACUUUUCUUUUAAUAAAGUGAGAUAUAGUCCUCUCAGAAAUUAAGAAACGGAAAGUCAAAUCUUCCUCAGCUUGCCCCAGUAAAUAACAAACCACGUAGUUCUUUUAUCACUCUCAUCUAAGGAUAGAUCUAGUUCAAAUUUUGUUUCAAUUUUGUAAUGAUAAUUUUGAAAAAUGGAGUGGAAAAGUAUCUCAUUAGAGGAAAUAUGAGAAUGUCUUGUAGGAUUUCUAGUGUUUUCUUGUUCUA